CCACUCCUCUUUUACCAUAUAUGGGUGAACAACGCCUAUUGGGCCACCUGUGAUUGGCCAGCAUAUCUACUCUCCAAUGUUUGUAAAUUGUCGGCUUAGAUGCACUACUGUUUGGAUCUCAGCGCGCAAAUGUAUUUAUCAAUGUUUAUAAACUCUUCCAUUUUGAAUUUUAUCUAAAAAAUUACCGGACUACGGCGUCGGCGGGCUGAUAAUUCUCAUCGAGGAUUCGGAUAGUAACGUAUUGACGAAGGCAAGAACGGAGUUUAGAAUGGUCCUCAGUCAGAUGGACGCCGGUAAAGCGCUGACGGCGGCGGCAGCCAAAGGGAAUGCCAGCGAGGUGCAGCGGAUCCUGGAGGAAUGCAGGGUGCAUCCCGAUACCCGGAAUGAGUUUGGCAGGACGGCGCUGCAGGUAAUGAUGAUGGGGAACUCCAAAAUAGCAGGCUUGUUGCUGGAGAAAGGAGCAGAUCCCAACGUACAGGACAAACACGGCAUAGCGCCUGUCCACGACGCAGCGAGGACGGGGUUUCUGGACACCCUGCAGGUCCUGGUGGAGAACGGCGCUUCGGUGAACAUCCCCGAUCAGAACGGUGCCCUGCCCAUUCACAUCGCCAUCUGGGAAGGCCACCGCGACGUCGUGCAGUUCCUGGCUCCCCGUUCCGACUUGAAGCAUGCCAACCAGAGCGGUCAAACAGCCAUAGAUGUAGCCCGAGCUUCGUGUGUGCCACAUAUGAUGGACUCACUGUUUGCUCAUAUACAUAGUUAGUUAGAAAGGUUUUCUUCUCACUCCUCAUUCUUCUUCUUUUUUUGGCUUCAAACCUCGUGACUUGAACUCAUUGCUGUGUAAAAGAUUAUUUUUUGUUAUUGGUGGCUCAGCAUUAAUAUGUGACACAGGACAUAUUGUCUUGGCAGCUUAUUUUCAGUGAAUGGGUGUCUAUAUACUGUAGAUACCUCUUUUGCACAGUGCAAUUUAGGCACCUUAUACUUAUGAAUAUAUCUGUUUCUCUUUUAACUGGGAGUGCACAUUUGUAUAAAGUUUCCCCAGUGUUUCCUGAUUAUUUGUGUAAGAAUUGGAGCAGUUCAUACACGUGUGUUUCUUUUUAAAUUACAAAACUUGACAUGGUGCACCCUCAUUGCUUUGCAUAGUUGUUGACCUGAAUUAGAUGUACUUAGACUUUAAAUUGACUCUUAUUUAUUUGUUGGACUGAAUAUUUUCUGUGACUUUGUAAAUACAAACAUAUUGUGAUUUGUUUAAAUGUUAUUUAUAUAAAAACUUUUACGAAAAGUGA